CCGCUAUGACUUCAGAGCGGAAAGCGAGCAAGGAGGGCAUCAAGUUGUCAGCAGAGGUCAAACCGUUUGUCCCAAAAUGCGCAGCGGUAACAGUGGCAUGGUCAGAACCCUCAGAAGCAUGUGUCUUUCCUAGAUAUUAUACAACAUGCUACCCAUAUGUACAGGAGCCACCAGUGGAUAAACAACAGGAAUGUAUUCAAGAUGCACCCUGGGAUACUACUACUUCUCUUUCCCAAUAUGCAUCUCAGAGUCUUACGGAAUGUAGUUCGCUUGGGGAAUACUCCAGUACUUGUUCACUUGAUGCUGCACGAAAUAUAAAUACAGUUCCCAGCUAUCAAUGUGAUAACACCUCUAAGCUCCGCAGCUCUUCUCAACAGGACAGAGACUAUGCCAAACAGACUUCUCUCAUCAGAAAAGAGGCUGGAAACCUUCCCAGGAGGCGACAACAACACGAGGAACCAAAAUUGGACUGUAAAAGGCCUGAAGGUAGUCACUCUUCUUGCAUAACAACAGGGAGCUCAUUUCAUACUGCUGUACAUGGCAGAAGUCCUAUUAAAUCAGACAGGCGUGGUAAAGCUGUGAACAGUAAAUACAAGCACAUUCCAAAUACAGAGUCGCUUCCAGAACCUAAGUUUGAAAUUACCCUAUCAGAUUUCCCAAAAUUGCAAAGCCCGGGGAAUAAUGAUCUACUCGACUUUCAAAAACGUACCUGGAGGACGUUGAGCUCAGCUGAAGGAGAUGUGCUGCUUUCGAAAUCCACAGGAAAACCAAAGAUUUCUGCUGUAAUAACCAAAGAGGGAGAAAUAUCUGUGAGAAGGUUGCCCUCAGAAAGAACUUUAAGAAAUUCUUCUGAUACUGGAAUUGCUCAGGUGUCUUCAAGUUCCUGUGAUGAGACCCAGGUGUCUUGGGCCACUGUGCUUUCACAAGCUCCAAAGAGAAUUAUCCUUUUACCUUCCUCUGUUCUUGCCAGCAGCCAUUCUGGCAGUGAAGGAAAAGAUGGUGUUCCUGAAGAUCAUAAGUCCAAAACUAGAGAGAAUGCCAGUGACAGUGAAGUCGAAGAGAUAUCAGAAAAGAAGAAGAAAAAGAAGAAGAAGAAAAAGAAGGCCAAACCAAACAGUGAUGUGGAGAAGCUUCUUAACGAAAGCACUUUAGUUCAAGAACCUCCGCGAAUUGAGGAUGAUGAAGAAUUUCCUAACUUAGCUGCUGCUACUGAUAAAAACCACAAGCUAGGGACGCCGAAGUCCUACUGUUCAACGCCUACUACUAGGGAGAAGACUGAAGUAAUCCUAACCAGGAAAUCUGAGUAUGAUUCUUAUGACGGCUAUCCUCACAGUCUUCUGGUAACUCCCAAGCCAGAUGAACAAUCUGGAAGAAAAGCAGGUGGACAACCUUCAUCCAGUACAACAGAAAAAAGGAAAACGCAGGGGUCAUCUAAGAGCAGUCGGAAAAGUCAGAUUCCUGUGCAGCUGGAUUUGGGAGGGAUGCUGGCUGCUUUGGAACAAAAACAGCAUGCAGAGAAAUCACCGAAGCCUGUGGUGCUUUCAGUUGGUAGUGCAGUGACAUUGCCUUCAAAGGAAUCUACACCAGUAAUAAAAAGCCAUCUGUUACACCAAGAAAAGGUUCCACAUAAUCCAUUGGACUCCAGUUCUCCUUUGGUCAAGAAGGGAAAGCAGAGAGAAGUCCCCAAGGCAAAAAAGCCAACAUCUCUGAAAAAGAUUAUUUUGAAAGAGAGAGAACAGCGGAAACAGCAACAUCUUUUAGAACAGACAGAGAUUCUGAAGGAUAAAAAAGAUGAUCAGCAGUGUAUGGAAUCUACUCCUGAGGAUCAGUUAGUUUCUCAAGACACCAAAGCAGAGUCUGCAGAAGAACCCCCUAUGGAUCUUGUAGUUGUGACUCAGAGUAAUUCAGAAGUACCUGAGCAGUGUAUAGAAGUCAGUGGCACUUCAGAAAACUCCCUUGCUCCUGCACAGCUAAAUUCCACCCUUCCCAAGAUCCACAGCAGAAGAUUUCGAGAUUACUGUACCCAGGUCCUUUGUAAAGAGGUUGACAGCUGCGUAACCGAUCUUUUGAAAGAGCUGGUUCGCUUUCAAGACCGCCAGUAUCAGAAAGAUCCAGUCAAGGCCAAGACGAAACGUAGGCUUGUUAUGGGGCUGAGAGAAGUCUUGAAACACCUGAAGUUGAAAAAAUUGAAAUGUGUCAUCAUUUCCCCAAACUGUGAAAAAAUUCAGUCAAAAGGUGGGUUGGAUGAGACUCUGCAUCUCAUCAUUGACUCUGCUUGCGAACAGAAUAUCCCUUUUGUCUUUGCUCUCAAUCGCAAAGCUCUCGGGCGCUGUUUGAACAAAGCAGUGCCUGUCAGUGUGGUGGGAAUAUUCAGUUAUGAUGGUGCUCAGGACUGUUUUCAUAAAAUGGUGGAGCUGACAAUGGAAGCAAGGUCGUCCUAUAAAGAAAUGAUUGCAGCUGUACAGCGAGACUGUGCUGGUGAAGAAAACGAAAGCGACUGUACUCGUUCUAAAACCGACGACAGUGAGAACAACCUACAAGAUGUUGUUAAAGCACCCUCUCCGGAGUCUGAUGAGGAUGUACCAAAUUACAUUAAAAUCUGGAAGAAAAAGCUUGAGGAGGAAUAUAAUCCUUAUGUGCUGGAGCUGGAAAAUCGGGCAACUGCUGAAACGCCGACCCUGGGUUUUGAAGAGCCUCAGUAAAUCAAGACUGCCAUUUCUGGCCUUAGUGGUUUUGUGU